AUGCUUCUUCAGUGGCUUCCGGAAAGUAUUGUCCCUAUGAUUCUACAGAUAACCCCUCCUGAUGUUUACUCUAAGCAGCCCGAUAGGAUGGUGUGGGAUUUGGAUAUCUCUGGCUCUUUUUCCAUUUCUUCUGUGUAUAAUUUGGUUCGCAAGGUCUCCAAUAUUUCCAUAUUUUCAUCUAAUAUCUGGCUAACAGCUUUGCCAGCAAAAAUCUCAUUUUUUAUGAUGAGGAUGUCGUCUGGUCGACUGUCGGUGAUGGAGGUGUUGCAGCGGUGGGGUGUGUGCGGGCCAUCACGCUGUACUUGCUGUGAAAAUCCAGGGGUGGAUUCAAUUGAUCAUAUAUUUUGUGCUGGUGAUGUCCCGCGGCAGGUUUGGGAGUCAUUUCAAGUCGAGAUUGGGGACUUUGCCACUCCAUCAAUGGUAAAACAUGCAGUCAUUCAAUGGUGGUUGCGGCCGGCUAAGAACAAGUGGCUUAGAUUGGUCUAUCAGGUGUUGCCAUCGCUGAUUUGCUGGCACCUUUGGAAAGCUAGAAAUGUGGCGGUGUGGGAAGGGAAGGUGCUAUCGGCCAUGCAGGUACAUGGCUUUGUUCUUUCGGAUCUCUGUGAUAUUCUCUAG